GAUCUGGAUUCGAAAUUGGCUGUCACCUUUUCUAGUUGUGACCAUAAUAACGUCUCUAAGCCUCAGUUUACACACGAAAGUGACGAUUAUUGAUGAAAAAACUCACAAUAGACAAGAUUUUAGGCUGUGUGGGCCGUAACAUGCGUGCUGCAACUACCUGCCUCUGUCCCAUGAAGAAGCAGCCACAGACUGACUACACGCAAUCACAACCAGCGCACAAACUGGGUCUCACACACCUGCACCGGGACACACUCGCCCACAGCAGCUCACACACGCACGGACUGUCGGAAUUCACAGCACAUGGCAUGCAAACACAAAACCCGGCUGCAAGGGGUCAGAGAAACAAAGCUUGAAGCUUCGCCAGCACCAGAUGGUCUCCGUGGCAACGAGUUGUCGCCCCGCUCACGCAGGCGCAGCUCCACACGAGGCACAGACGGGCCGCAGAGCCCUCUGGGAAAUGUAGUCUGGGGCCGCGCAGAGGGCUCUGGGUCUCUUGUGAAAGGAGAGGAGGGAGGUCCCUCACCCCUUCUCCGGGUCAGUUUAUCUCCAGGCCCGGUAAACAGGAGCCAAAAAACCCGAGACGCUCUCGUCUCGCCUUCUGAGCGUGGCUCCCCACUGCACGUCACGCCCCGGAGGCUUCUGGGAGUCGAACGCUAAAUUCGCAGCGCGCAUGCUUAUCCGGAGGCGGCCGGUUCGAACCCCACUGAAACCUGGGGCGCAGGGCCCGGUGCUGCGGCUUCUGCGACAGGCGUGGGGAGGCCGGCGAGGCAGUGAAUUGGGGGGUUUGGAUUUGGACAGUACAGAGUAGGUGUUUGACGUCCGAGCGCACACAGCGUCCUCUUGAAGGGUAGGGAGUGGAUCCCUGGCUGUUCAGAGAAGGCCCUCCGCCCUGACUGCAUGAAUGUUCUUCUGAAAUCUAGCGUCGAUGGGGCGGAACUCGGGCCAGGGGCUGGAACGAUUUCAAGUUUUCGCAAUGGCGGAAGUAGAGCUUGUCCCCAUUUCUGCCGUCCUCCGGGGGCACAGGUGCGGAGGCUGUGGCCUGAUGGCUGCAGAGCGGCGCCUUUGUGAUGUGGCUUCAGCGCAGAGCGGUUGAUCCGCCUCAGUGCGGCGCGCUGGAAGCACACCGAGCCCGGCCGUCAGCGCGGAGUUAGGAGGCAGCCCUGCCUUCCUGGCCUCUGCGCUUCUCUAAAUGUGAACCUUGCAGAGGGGAAAAGAUGCCUGCUACACGAGGGAGAUCUAGGCCCAAGGCACCAGUGACAUUUUCAGACUUGGCCAUCUACUUCUCCCAGGAGGAGUGGGAAUGGCUGAGCCCCACGCAGAAGGAGUUAUACGAAGAGGUCAUGUUAGAGAACUAUCGGAACCUGGUGUCGGUUGGUCUUUGCCUUCGGAGGCCAAAUGUCAUCACCUUACUGGAGAAAGGGAAGGAGCCCUGGAUCGUGGAGCCACCAAGGAGACGCUGGUGCCCCGAUUUAGCAUCUAAGUGUGAGAUCGAGAAAUUACCACCAAAUCAGUGCAGCAAAUCUAAGCAAAGCUUCUAUCAAAGACCAGUUUCUAUACAAAUAAAGAUUCCCACAGGCAAGAGGGUAGAGUUACUCCGAAGAAGGGCCAAGAAAGGGCUUUCAGCGAAGAAAUCUUUGAAAUGCAAGGACUGUGGGAAAAUCUUCAGUCAGAGAUCAUCCCUCAAACUUCAUCAGAAUGCUCACACUGGAGAGAGGCCUUAUGAAUGCAGUCGUUGUAGAAAAGUUUUCAGACAGAUCACAUCCCUCAUCCUUCACCAGAGAAUUCACAAUGAAAAGAAAAGCUAUGGAUGUGAUCAGUGUGGGAAAGGCUUCAGUAAAAGCAUAACCCUUAUUCUACACAGGAGAAUUCAUAGUAGAAAGGAAACUUCUGACAAUGGGAUGGCCUCCAGUCCCAAUACUUCUCUCAGUGCCCACCCCAGCAGUCAUGUUGUCAAGAAGGCCCUCCAGUGCAGAAAAUGUGGGAGAGCCUUUAGUCGUGUGGCAGCCCUUUUACUUCAUAGGAGAAUUCACAGUAGAAGGAAAAUACAUAAGUGCAAUACUUGUGGGAAGGGCUUCAAAAAGAAAUCAGUCCUUAUUACACACAAAAGAAUUCAUACCAGAGAGAAAGCCCACAAAAAGGAGAAGGCCUUAGGUCAGAGUAUACAGCGAAGAAAUCGAUUUUUAGAAAAUCCUUUUAAAUGCAGAAAGUGUGGUAAGUCCUUUCAUAGGAUUUCACCCCUUCUGCUUCAUCAGAAAGUCCACACUUCAAGGAAACCCUACAAAUGUGAUAAUUGCAAUAAGGAUUUUCAGCGGCUUUCAACCCUUAUUCUCCAUGAGAAAAUUCAUAAGAGAGAGAUACUUUAUCGAUGUAAUAAAUGUCCGAAAGUCUUCAAGCGGAAUUCAACCCUUAUUCAACACCUGAAACUUCACAAAAGGAAGAAGAAACUCUUCGAGUGUAAAGAGUGUGGAAAGAUGUUCUCUGGAACUGCAAACCUUAAAAUACACCAGAACAUACAUUCUGAAGAGAAGCCUUUCAAAUGCAGUAAGUGUAGUAAGGUGUUUGGCCGCCAGUCAUUUCUUAUUGAACAUCAGCGAAUUCAUACUGGAGAAAAACCCUAUCAGUGUGAGGAAUGUGGGAAAGCCUUCAGUCACCGGAUAUCGCUUACUCGACACAAGAGAAUACACACCGAAGACAGACCCUAUGAAUGUGAUCAGUGUGGGAAAGCCUUCAGCCAGAGUGCCCAUCUUGCCCAGCAUGAGCGAAUCCACACUGGAGAGAAGCCAUACAUAUGCAAGAUCUGUAAGAAGGCCUUCAGUCAGCGCACAUCCCUUAUUCUGCAUGAAAGAAGUCACACUGGAGAGAAGCCUUAUGAGUGUAAUGAGUGCAGGAAAGCAUUUAGCAGUGGCUCAGACCUUAUUCGACACCAGAGAAGUCAUUCUUCAGAGAAACCCUAUGAAUGUAGUAAAUGUGGGAAGGCGUAUAGCAGGAGCUCAUCCCUGAUUCGACAUCAGAGCACACAUCCUGAAGAAAAAGCCUAAGGUGAUUUGUGUGUGUGUGUGUGUGUGUGUGUGUGUGUGUGCGCGCCCAUGUGUAUUUUGAAAGAAGUUCUCAGUAUAUUUCCCAGGUUAGCCUUGAUUCCUGGGCUUAAACAUUUUUUCAGCUUCAGCCUCCCAUGUGGCUUUUCUUUAGGGCUAUAAAAGCUAUAAGAAUGAGCCUAUCAAAGAAGCAGUGAGAAGCCUGGGAAAUUAUAGACGUCUUUGAUUUAUGAUGGGAUUACUUCCUGUAAGCUCUUCAUAAAUUGAAAAUAUCGUAAAUCAGAAAUAUGAGCUGGGUGUGGUAGUGCACACCUGUAAUCCCAGCAUUCUGGAAGCUGAGGGAGGAAGAGUCCCUUGAGUUUGAGGUCAGCCUUGGCUACACAGUAAGUUCAAGUUCAGCCUGAACUAUAUAGUGAGACCCUGUCUCAAAAUACCAAAAAAAAAAAAAGGUGUCUGAUACACCUAACCUACCAAACAUCAGCACAGUGCAGUGUAGAGCAUUAGUUGUUCACCUUCGCAUUGUGUGGCUGACUGGGAGUUUCAACCCAUUGCUACUGCCCAGCAUUGUGAGAGAUUAUCAUGCUGCUUAUUGCUAGCCUAGGAAAAGACAAGUUGAAGUACAACUUGUACUGAUUGCAUAUUGCUUUUACAUCAUUGUAAAGCCAAAAAAUCCUGUCAGAUCAUUGUAAGUUGGGAACAGUCUGCAUUUGUCCUCAACUUUUGUGUAAGUGAAACCACUAGGUGAUGUGUCCCAGUUUGAAAGCCAAAGAGCAAAAGUCCUUGGUGACUUUUGAUGUGAGGAUUUGAAAUUUCCUAAGACAAGCUCAGGAAGAUUGGAUUAGUCUUUGUGAAUGAAAGCUAUUUUUCAUUUGAUAUUUUACUUCUAGUGUAGUUUUGAAAAUACAUCACUAGCCACAUGUGAUAAACUAGAUUUAUGAAGUCCAUUUUUGUGGAUGGGAUUUUGCACUUGAUAUGAAGUCACAUGAAGGAAGGGUUUGAGUCUGUUCCUCAGAACUGGAACCAUCAUAAGGGUUUUCCUGGUGGAAGAUGGUGCCACUUUCACCUAGCAGCAGCCUGUGGGUGAAAAUGAAGAAAGAGCCUUAGAUGGCUGAAGAUAACAUUCAUAAUGGCAUGGAGCAGCUGUUAUUUCCAUAUUGUCUUCUUGGAUAUGAAGAUAAUGAUGUGAAGUUCUAAUAUGGCAUGAAGAUCUAAAUCAGGCUGAAGAAGAAAGAGCCUGGAGGUACUGAAGAAUGAGAAACUUCAGAGCAGGGAGAAAUUUUGUAUUUGAAAAUAAAUUGUCUAUAUUUAUAUGAAUAAACAUUCAUUUUUGUGUAAUAUGUGUAAUAAGCUUUGGAAUACAUGUUGUUACAAACUGAAUGUAUCAACUUAAAAUUCGUAUGUUGAAGUGUGAUGGCGUUUGGACCCCCACAGUGUGAAAACACCCGCUGUGUGAUAUUUGAACCCCUUCCGUGUGAUGGUAUGUGCCCCCCCUGUGUGAUAGUAUUUGGAAUCCUCUCCCAUGUAAUGGUAUUUGGAAACCCCUCCCCAGUGUGAUGGCGUUUGGAAAUGAGGCAGCAAAGCUAAAUGAGUUCAUGAGGUUGGGGCCCUCAUGUGGAUAUAUUGCUCUUACAAGAAGAGACACCAGAGAGCUUGCUCUCUUCCUGCCUCACGUGACAACUCAAAAAGACAGUCACCUGCAAAUGAAGAGGAUCCCUGGAGAGAAAGAACCUGACCAGGCUGACACCCUGGCCUGACUUCCAGUGCUCAGAACUGGGGGAAUUUCUGUUGUUUUAAGUCACUCAGUUUAUGGUAUCUGGUUAUAGGACCCUGAGCAGACUCACGUGUGGGCAACCCGUAGGUUUCCAUACUGGACCCUUCUCCUUUCUCUUGUUCACUAUAUGUAAUAGUUGCCAUCCUGUUUCCAGCUUGUGUGAAAUAUGUUGCAAAUAAAAUCAGAGGUGUGUUUAUAAUUAUGUA